GAAUCUUCCCCAGGUUUCGUUUGUUCUUUCAAGCACUGACUUUAAAAACCUGCGACCAUAAGCACGCAGUAACCCUCCCCGACCCCGCGUCGCAGGCCUCCGCUAGCCAGAGCUCUCGCGACCGCUCGGGGGCCGACGCGCUGCCUCUUCCGGCCCGCGGGCUCCGCUCGGCUCUUCCCGGCUCGCUGGGCCUUCGGCUCUUUCCGGAGCCACUUGCGGCAGGCUGCGGAGGCGCUGCGGACGCGGGCUGCAGAUGUCGGACCGGCGGGCGGCUGAGGGGCCGGGCGUCUGGAGCCCCGCAGCCCGCCGAGGGCCGGCGCGCGGCGUCGCGGACGGCCCGGGAGUGGAGGGGAGCCAGGCGGCCGCCUCAGACAAUGAAGAUCUAGAAGUCACCAAGGUCACUUCUGUAGCAACUUCUGCCUCUGAUCCAGAACCCCAUUCCUCACCCUACAGGCCACAGAUGGUAUCUCCGGUGAGGGAGGAUGCCACAGAAGAUCAGCAGAAGGCAGCCGGUGCCAUGGAGGCACAGGCCUCAGUGGAACAGGAAUUGCUGUCUGCAGACCAGGCCCAGGUCCUCAGCAAGAUGGCCAAGUACCAUGGUCUGCCAAGGUCUGGGGACAUCGUUAUGAUCCAGUCUGAGCACACAGGAGCUGUAGAUAUUCUUUCAGCUGAUUUGGAAUCUGCAGACCUUCUGGGGGACCACAGGAGAGUCUCCCCUCCUCUGAUGGCUCCUCCGUGCAUCUGGACCUUUGCCAAGAUGAAGGAAUUCAAAAGCAAGCUGGGCAAAGAGAAGAACAGCCGUCUGGUGGUGAAGCGGGGUGAGGUGGUGACCAUCCGGGUACCUACCCACCCAGAGGGGAAGCGUGUCUGCUGGGAGUUUGCGACCGAUGACUAUGACAUUGGCUUUGGAGUUUACUUUGACUGGACCCCUGUAACCAGCACUGACAUAACGGUGCAGGUCAGUGAUUCCAGUGAGGAUGAGGAUGAAGAUGAGGAGGAAGAGGAGGAGACUGAAGACCCUGUCCCAGCUGGAGACGUGGAGCGAGGCUCCAGGAGCUCCCUGCGGGGCCGCUAUGGGGAGGUCAUGCCUGUGUACCGGCGGGACAGCCACCGAGACGUGCAGGCCGGCAGCCACGACUACCCUGGCGAGGGCAUCUACCUGCUCAAGUUCGACAACUCCUACUCCCUGCUGCGCAACAAGACUCUCUACUUCCACAUCUACUACACCAGUUGAAGGCCCGCUGGGACAGUGGGUAGGCGGUGUUCGCUGGCUGGAGCAGGCUGCCAGCUGGGGCCUCUUGUUUUGGAUAGGCAAGAGCUAAAAGUUGAGCGUGGGGCUCCCGACCCUCACGCCCUGGCCGGCUGCCUGACUGUUGACCCCAUGUAGCUUUUCCCCCUCCCAGGCUUCUGCAGAUGGUGGUAUAGUGCCCCUGUUCCGUGGUCCCUGACUCACGCUCUUCUGGCUUUAGACUCCAGCAAAAUCUCUCUGUGGAGGAAACCAUCAGGCAAAAGCCUGAAAGGAAGUUGGGUGUUGCCUUUUAAAAAUAGGUUUGUUUUGGUACAAGGUGUAUUAUUUCAGUUGCUGUUCUCUUCUCUUCCAGAGCCUUUAUUGCAGAUGUGUUUAGUGACCCACUCUCUUCACGUUUUGAAAGGGCUGGAAGAGGGCAAAGCGCUUUGUCCAUGAAGGACCCCAGUUUCCUGGAUGGAGAAAGCUCUGUCCAGCCUCUCACCACUGCCAUAUUCCCACCUGCGGUUUCUCUGUGGUCUCUAGCACGGGCUGGGGGCCCUCACUGCCUUUGGAGGGGUGCUAUUAGUCCUGAUGGUUUGACUCCGCCUCUUUCUCUCCUCUUUUCCCUUUUCUAAGUCUGUGUCUUUGCCAUUACAGCAAGAACUUCCAUGCAAUCCAAAAUGAUGAUCACUGUAGUCUAAGAUCUUCUGGGAAGAAAAACUGCCUCCAUCACUCCCUAUUUCAAGAGGCAUUGGUGGUCGAAGCGGAAAGGGUGGAAAUUAGGUACUGGAUUGAUGUCAGAACCCACAUUUUUGAAAGUCAAGUAUUACUAAAUUAUUAUUUUUUGUAUAAUCAAAGAAGGAGGGGUACAAUCUGAGAGAGGAGGUUAAAAAAACAAAGAAAACAACACUCCAGAUUCCUCACGAUUUUUUUUUUUUUUUUUGGUCUUUAGGAGUGUUAUUUAGAAAUUUUGCUUUGGAACCAGUCAGAUUUCCAGAGUUUCUGGAUUUAGGUUUCUUGCAUUGAGGGCUCAAAGCUUUUGGUGUUCAAAGUCUCUCAGGAAAGGUGAUAAUGAAACUUCACUGUUGCUGCUGGUGUAUUUGUUCUUUAGUCCCUGGUGACCGCAUUUUCCACCCUGUGAGCCCUGAGGCCCAGGGUGCUGCAGCCAGUGUCACCAGAGCAGUAGGGUGUCCAGGCCCCCAGUGGAGAAGGGGGCAGAGAAGGGACCACUGCGAUUAUCUGUACCUCCUUCUUUCUUAUCCCUUGUGUCAAGCCUGUUACUGCCUUAGGAUUCUGAGGAAUAAUUAGAUUUAUUUAUUACUUUAUUUAUUUUUAAAGCACAUUUCAUUUUGCCUUUGAAACAGUUUCCGUCUGUUUCUCAGAAGGCUUCCAUCUGCUGUGAGCCAUUGAGGGCACCUCUUCUGUGGAGUUAAAGCUGACGAUUUCAGGAGAAGUGGGGAAGGGCUAAUGUUCCACUCCUGCAGGUCAGUCCUGUGAUGCUUUGGGAGGAGUCCGCCCCUUCUCAGAUGGAUGAGUUACGCCAGCUUACCCCAGCACUCCCUGUUAGGAAUUCUAGAUUGUGAGGGGAUCUGCCCAUUUGCCCCAGAUUGUGCAGAGGACUUGACUAGCCAACCAGAGGCAUCCUGUGAUUCUAGGACUUCAAAGUCCUUUGCCUACUCUGAGGAGUCAGCUUCUUCACGAUGUUUCCUUUAGCUCAUUCAUUCCUUGUGUGGGUGCCUCACACCAGGCCUUCCCUCUGCACAGAAGCAGAAACUCAAAGAACAGGGCUUCUCACAAUAGGUCUGUAGUGGCACCUACGUUAUGAACAAAGGGCGAUACAGCCGCACCUUCUGUUCCUCUGGGGGCAAAGCCCCAAGUAGGAGAGGAUGCUGUGGACCACCAUAGCAUCCCCAUCCUCUGAGCGGCCUCAUACCUCCAUUAUUGUAUAUUUGAGUGCAUUUUAUAGAGGAUUAUACUGGCCCAAAUUUAUAUACCUUGUAAGAAGUUAGAAAUUAUUUUAGUGACUGCCUAUUUGGGCGGUGAAAGCAAACUUGCUGUGCGUCAUCCCAUCUGGUAGCUGUAUGACUGCUCUUUUCAUCACUGAAGUUGAAUCAUGCCUUAGCUAAUUGAAUAGAAUCUUUAUAAAAUAAUUUUCUACUGAGCUGUUCUCCAGUCAGCUAAAGGCUGGCUUAUUUUUCCUGUUUAUUAUUAACUUCUGACUUUCUCUUAAAAUGGAGCUGUCAGGCCAUUGGAAGCUCCCUGGGAUAACAUUUAUUGUUGUUCAUUUUUGCCAUCAGAGCCUGUACUUAUUUUCUUUGGAAUCCUAGUUCUGUGGCAUCAGGGAAGCCUGAGGGACUUGUUCCCAUUGCCUCUGUGUGCCUCUUAUUGUCUGGUCACUUUUGAAGUCCUGGACAUUGUUACAUUUCAUUCUGUACUGGUGUUUCAUUAACAGUCAGUGCUUCUUUGAUCAAUUCACAAAAAAUAGGUAAAUUAAUUCACCAUCUAAUUAAUUCACUAUCCUAUAUUAAGUAUCUGAAAUUAUUGAACUUUAGGGACAAAAUAUUACUUACUGAACACAGGUAAUUACUGAGAAUUUCAUAGUCCACCAGACCCUAAGAGGUGUCACUUCCUUAGUCUCUCCCUGUCUGAGUUUACAGAACCAAACAAUCAAAUGAAAAUCGUUGCUUUCACCUUCACCCUCUUCUUUAGAGGAUAAAUAAAUAUUAACAUACAAUGGAAAGAAGGUACUUCAUAGUAGGAGAGAGACUGGAAGUCUCUCCACAGAGUGGUUGAGUUCUUAAGUUUCUUCAGUUUGUUUAGUUUUGCUACUUUGUUGAGAGACAGGGCUUUUAGAAAGUUUAGAGUAUUAAUUUUUCCCAACAUUUUAUUUUGAAAAAUUUUCAGCAAACAAAAUUUAAAAGAGGGCUUCCCUGGUGGCGCAGUGGUUAAGAAUCCGCCUGCCAAUGCAGGAGACACGGGUUCGAGCCCUGGUCCGGGAAGAUCCCACAUGCCGUGGAGCAACUAAGCCCGUGCGCCACAACCACUGAGCCUGCGCUCUAGAGCCCGCAAGCCACAACUACUGAAGCCCGCGUGCCUAGAGCCCGUGCUCCGCAACAAGAGAAGCCACUGCAAUGAGAAGCCCGCACACCACAACAAAGGGUAGCCCCCGCUCUCUGCAACUAGAGAAAGCCUGCGCGCAACAGUGAAGACCCAACACAGCCAAAAUAAAUAAAAUAAAUUUAAAAAAAAAAAGAAUGUUUAAAAAAAAAAUUUUUAAGAAGUAUAUAGUAAGCACCCUUAUGUACAUCCAGCACAUAGAUUUUAAAAUUAUAAACUGCUAAGUUUUAAACAAAGAUGAUUCUGCCAUUCUGUUCCUUUUGACAAGUAUCCAAUAGAGUAUAUUCCCUGCACAGACAUCAGCUCUCCUAUGUCAGAGAGCUCCUGGUUUAUUAGCAGAAUUAUUUCAUUCAAUGCCAGUUACCUGGGGAGGUGGUCCUCAUAAAAAUGUUUCUUGGUCUCCAUCUUUCAAAACUCAUGCUGUAUUUCCCCUCUCCCUCAGGCCAUAACUUCUCAUGUUUUCUUCUCUACCUGGCAUGUCAGACUGAAGGUAAUUGUGAAACUGCUCUGGAAGGACUUUAUUCUAAUCUCUGUUGCUUUCCAACACAUCCUCAGGACUCUGAAAUUAAAACUCAAUCCUCAGAUAAUAUGUAGCUUUAAAAGGGAAGUAGGUAGCAACUUGAAAUUAGGCCAUUCUUAGUUAUUUUUUUCUUAAUUGAUUCAUGCACUUUAAAAAUAUUUUUAUCUGUUAUUUAGGAAAGAAAAUCUUAGACUUUUAAAAAGUAUAUAUUGUCCCUUAUAAUAUGUAUAUGGAAGAGUUAAACCUGAAAGCUCACUGUCUUAUCUUGAUCACUGGGUUUAGAUAUUGUUGUAAAACAUCAUUUAUAGAAAAUAUGUGUUUGCAUGUUUUUGAUGAGCCCUAUCCAGUCCCUCUUUGAAAGAAUUAGGUGAGGCCCAAACCCUAAAGUCUGUAUUUUUAUAUUUAUUUUAAGACUGCUUUUCUGCAAAAGGUUGCCUUUUAACCCCAGAGUAUAAGGUUCUAAGGUACAGAGCUGAGUGACCCUAACAUUUACACAAAAGGCUAUUGUUUUAGAGGAAGGGGCAAGAGUGAAACAGUUCAUGCAGCUUGUGAACUGCCUUUUUACAUUGAUAGUAAGGAAUGAAAACAAUGAGAGGAAGAGAGAAAAGCUAUCAAAUGUAUCCCAGAAUUCUGCUCAUAUCCUGAUUUUGUGUAGUUCUUUAGUUUGUAUUUCAUCCGUUGGAAUUGUUCUUUAGGCCAGAAGCCUCACUGGUUCUCACUGUGCUUGUUGGAGAAAUCCCAAACCUACCUGUCUUUUCCAACAGGAUCGAAUUUAGAAAUAUUUUUGAGUAGGUCUCCUCUGCUAAGUGUAAUCCUGACCUGAAGAUUGAUUUCAUCUCUAUAUUCUCUGAGACUUGUGAGUCCAGUGCCAUGAAAAAAAGAUGGUGAGUUUAGAAAGAGGCUAGGAGGAGUUCCAGCUGUGUCACUGUAGCCUCAGUUGGUUUUGACUAUGGCUAAAAGGGGAUGAAACAGGUUAAUUUUGACCAACAUCCCAGAAGAGCCUCAAGCCACAAGAGUGUGUUUGUGAACAAGCUCUGCCCUCUGUAGGCUGACUUCCCUGUGAGGUGUAGGAAUCACCAUCUUCUUUAAUCUGUGUGGGACAGUCAUACACACAGCAGGCAAUGGGACCAACCAAACAGACACAGUUUGUUCUUCAUUUUAGAGCUUCCAUUUAGAAUUUCUCUCGGGUCUAAAAGGUCCAAAUCAACCACUUUAACUAGUCUCUUUCCACCUGGCCAAAAGUGUAGACCUUUUAGAAACCUGAAUUUGCUAGAAAAGGAAAGAGCACCAUCCAUGUAGAAUCUCAGUGGUUGAAAAGGGAAAGUGAGUUUCUGUCUGAAGGAAGGUGAUUUCAUUUUUUGUUGUUGUGAGGGGUAGCUUGCUAAGGGAUUUAUGCUCUUUAGAGAGCAAGUCAUUGUAUUCAUUGUAUUUGAUUGUGCUCAUGGAGCCAUGAUGCAUGAUUGUUUGGGGAGUAAAUAGGGAAUGGGUGUCUAAAACCAGUCACAAGUUGGGUGCUUUCCAGCAACCCAGUAUAUGGUGAAUAUUCAUAUGGCCAAAGUCCCAAUUUUCAUGCACAUGGGAUCCUGCCCCUAGGCCUUCAUUUCCACACAGCUGAGAGGUAAAGAGAGGGACUAGGCCCCCCUCCACUUCUCUUAUUUAUGGUAUUGUUUAGCACUGGCAGCAUGGUAUCCAAGGCCUCAGUUUACCUGGUUAACCAGAAUUAAAUAACGUGAGUUGAGUAGAUAAAGGCAAUCAACCUAGGUUGGAAGUAGGGCUGAGGAGGGAUUAUGACUUAUAGUCCCACAUUGGGGGAGCUGGGUAACUCGUGUAUGACUGUGUGGUUGGAACUCUUAUUAACUUUACCAGGUGAGUGAAGAGGAUGUGAUAAUGCUAUGCUGAUGAGGACGACAAAUUAAUUGAGUUGGCUAAGAAAUAGAGCAAGGCCUCCAUCUACGGGAAGUAGAUUCUGUCACCAGCUAUGAGUGGAAUCUCAGAGUGAGCGUGAGCUCUGCAGGUUCUCAGAGUCUGGCUUCAGAGCCCACUAAAGGAACCAGUCUUCUGUGGGCAGUGACUCUGGCUUUCUGCAAAGGAGAACCUCCUGGGAAUUGGUUCCUGGUGGUCUCUUUUCUGGGAAUGGGCGGAGACACCCCAGCAAGAGCUGCUUUGGCUCUCUUGGUACCUGGUUAUGGUCAAUGUUGCCCCUUUGCUCUGUCCAACCAGUCCAGCACCUGUGGGCAUUCCUUUGACAUCUACCCAGUUAUUUAGGUAGUGAGGUUAGGGUAGGAUUUGGGACCUAAAGGGUGAGAGAAACUUAGCUAAGUAUUGCGUGGCCAGAUUUCAGAAAUCACUGCUCCCUCUGGGGUGUUGCAUGUCCCUGCUGGAACCAAGAAGGCCAAACAAAACUCCUCCUAUUUAAAAGUCUUGUCACCAACCUGAGAAAACCCAAUUAAUUGCCUAAAGCCUUGAUAGUGGGGUUUAUUUACAGUCAGUCCCUCAAAAACUAAGUCCAAAGGCACAAGACUCUGGCUUUGAAAUUAUUUGUAGUCCCAGUCACUGGUUUGAACUCAUGAUCUGAUUUCUUUUAGUGCCCCAGGCAUGUGGACCACAGUUAAUUUCAUGGCUGUUCUUCACUCUUAAGAGAUAAGAAAAAGGUGCCCCAGAAGUCUAGAGAUACAGGCUUUUUCAAAAUUAAAUUCCACAGUUUUCUGUCAUUUUAAGCAGAUAGUUUUGACUUAUCUAGGGAUAAAAUAAUAUAUGUGAAAUGAUUUCCAGGGGACAAAAUGUAUUUUCUAAAUGUUCUGAUAUAGGGUCAUGAAAAAUUGUUAAGUUUUGGUUUGAAAUAUUAUAGUAUAUGGGAUUACAGAAGAGCCCUUAACGCACCGUCAUGUAAAGGAGCUCUCUUCCUGAACUCUUCCUCUCACUCAGGUUUGAAAUGCCUCAUCUGUAAUGUUACCUGUAAGUGAUUGUUAUUGUUGGUUUUCAGGUUCAGGCAAGAAUCAUCUGGAAAACAUUAUCCUAAUUCCUUCUCUCAUGUCCUAAGCAGUACAUUUUACUAAGAAAUUCUGUAUUAAAAACAGUAACAGCCCUUUCUGAGAUUAUUGUCCCAUAAAUGAAUUUGUUUUUAUUUAAUCAAGUUGAAUUAUUUCCAUUUAGCCAUGUUCAAGAGCAAGUAAAGUCUGGAGAAAGCAAUCCAGUAACCCAUGAAUCUGGUGUACCCAUUUCCCUUAAUAAUGGGAAGUGUUUUGAAAUCCCCAGAAGAAAGCUGCUUUGUAAUUAAAGUGAUGGAUUAUAAGGAAGCCAGACUUUGGGUAAGGAUUUCCCUAAACUACUUUAUGCCAUUUAGCUUAUAUUUCUGAAAGGCCUGCUUUGGUGCCAUGCACUGAGAUCUAUCAGUUGAUUGAAAGAUGAUCACGCUUUCUUGGUAAAUAUUUAAGCAACUGGCAACCACAACGGCAUUCUUUCCUUAUCGUUCUGUAUCAUGCACUGAUGCUGACGUUACAAAAAGGGGUCUGGAAGGGAAACAGUGUCACAGUCUUUUCUUUAAAAUCAAAGUAUCCCAAGCAAUCGUUUAUUGAGGUCAACUUGUUUUACAUGUACCCUAUCAUGAGGAAUGCUGUCAGCAUCUCCUAUGAUUUCUAAGAGCUCUGACCAAAAUUGUUAUUUGUUAUGUCCUGCUGAGUGGUUUUUCCUUUAAAACACCAUACUUUUACCACCCUGUGGCACUGAAUGUGUUGCUGAGAUACAUAGAUGAUCCUGAGCUAUGGUUCCUGAAAUAGCUCAGUUCUUUUGUUUUUAUAUUAUGUAACAGUUUUGUGAUGCUUUUGUGCAUUCUUUGUCUUCUCUUCUGAGUUUUGG